AUGGAAGUACCUAACGAUAACCCCACAUCAGAAGUGGGAUCAAUGGCAACUCCUGCAUUUUCUGAAAAUCAGUGGCGUACCAUUAUGGAACUGCAAAAUCGAAAUUUUGUCGAGAUGUGCAAAGCGAUGCAAGCGUCAGUGCGUUCACAAAAUCAAGUGGUUUUGCCAAAAUUUAACCCAGAUGUAACUGGAGCUGAUGCGACUCAAUGGCGUGCAACGGCAAGCAUUAUUAUGGACGAACAGCAGAUUGAUGGCAGCGCACUUAUCAUGAUGCUGAGUAGUUGCAUGCAGGGCAGUGCUUCAGCGUGGAUUGCACAGAUCUGCUAUCCCGGCAUUAAUUGGGAGCAGUUUAAGGAGUUAUUUAUACAGCGUUUCGAGAUUAAGGAAACGCCGGCAGCUAUGUUCCUGAAUCUGCUGAACAGCCGUCCAGCCCACAAUGAGUGCCCUGCAGUGUACGCAAGCCGUAUGGUGACGUCAUUGACCACAAAAUGGCGCAAUAUGAACGCCGAGGAAAUAGCUGUAUCCACGGUACUUGCGCAUAUGGCCGAUUUUGACAACCGUUUGCAGCGUAUGGUGUUUUCGUCAAAUGUAUAAACUAAAAGUCUGGAACUAAAAGCAUUUACAUUUGACAAAAAGCGGAGCGCUGGGAGCACUGAUAGUAAUAGCGGCGACUACAAGCGAACCAAAAUUGUGUGCAACUUAUGCAAGAAACCAGGACAUAAAAUGGCGGAAUGUAAAUCACAGCGGUCUGGAUUGGAGAAUAAACAGCAUCGCGAUUUGCAGAAUGUGACCUGUUACCGGUGUGGACAACUUGGGCAUCUUGCGAAUCGGUGUACGAGCAAUGCAGCUAAAUCUGGAGCAGUUACUGAGAAGAAAUGUCAUCAAUGUUUUGUGGCUGAGCCAAAAGGAGUUUUGACACACCAGGGUGAGAUCUUUCCUAUUUAUUUUGACUCUGGAGCAGAAUGCUCGCCUAUUCGUAGUAGUGUUGUCGAUAAAUUUGUUGGCAAACUUAUUAAUAAUAUUGUUAUAAUACGAGGUAUUGGCGACGCUGGCAUUUCCAGUAAGCUACAAAAAUUAUCUAGAUGUAUUAUUAAUGGAAAUAUGGUAGAAAUACUGUCACAGACACAUUUCACAAUACAGAUAUCCCUUACCACUUAUUAA